UGAAAUUAAAUUUUUUGGACUUCGCUCCAAUCAGUCAAAGGUUAAAUUUUUAAAAUCAAAUCUAGGUUAAAAAAUUCAUUAUAUUUUUUCAUAUAAAGUAAUUUAAUAAUAAUUUAACAAUCAUGGCUAAUAAACAACGUGUUCUGAUGAUAUGUUUAGGAAAUAUUUGUCGUUCUCCUAUAGCAGAAGCUGUUUUUGAUGAUUAUAUUAAUAAAAAUAAUUUAAAUGAUAAAUGGCAAGUUGAUAGUGCAGCAUUAAUUGGUUACCAUACUGGUAAAUCACCAGAUAGUCGUGCAAUGAAAACUUUGAGAGAUAAAGGAAUUAGUAAUUAUUCACAUCGUGCCAGACCAAUUACGAAAGAUGAUUUCAAUAAAUAUGAUUGGAUUUUUGGAAUGGACGAGGACAAUAUUUCUGAACUAAAUCGUCUAAAACCCUCUGGCAGUAAAGCUAAAGUUGAAUUAUUGGGUUCUUAUGAUCCUGAAGGAGAAAAAAUAAUUCGAGAUCCUUAUUAUGAUGACAACAGCGCAGGUUUUGUUAAAGCGUACGAACAAUGCGUAAGAAGUGUCGAAUCAUUCCUACAAAAACAUUAAUGUAUAAAUAGCACGUGAUAUUUUGGAAUAAUUAUUUAGUUAUAUAAUUUUUAAAAAUCAUUGUUAAUAAAAAUGUCUGAUAAAAAACGUGUGUUGAUGGUUUGUUUAGGCAAUACAUGUAGAUCACCAAUAGCAGAAGCUAUAUUUAAUGAUUACAUAACGAAAAUGAAUUUAAAUAACUGGGAAGUAGACAGUGCGGCAUUACGUGAUUACCAUUUAGGUCAAACACCAGAUGAACGUGCUCUAGUAACUCUCAGAGGAAAAGGAAUUAUAAAUUAUUCACAUAAAGCUAAACUC